AGCUGAAAGAUCUCUCUUUUACCAGCUCAUUGAGUGCUCUUCAAACCGCUUUAAAACCAAUUGUAACAUCGACACCUCCACCUCCUGUAAAUUCUAAGCCUACAUCACCCUACUCAAGAAAGCCAAGCCCUCCACGCACUGCAACUCCAGUAUUCUCCAAAAGCAUUAUUGAUAGCCUCACAAGGACUAAUGAACUACAAAAACAGGACCUCCAAAAGUUGCAAGCCCAGGUCAAAAAUUUGAAAAAAAGAUGUGAAGUACAAGAACUUGCCUCGCAGAAUUCAGAAAAGAAAGCUCAAGAUGAAUCUGCCAAAUUCAAUGCUGCAGUAGAAGUCAUCAAGUCUCUUGAUUCUCAGCUGAUGGACAUAGCAGAGAAACUACCUCCCGAGUUUCAUGACAGCUUGGGCGUCAUGCAUGGUCAAGCAGAAACAUUCCUUAAGCACACUGAACAUGUCAGAUCAGACUUUUCGUCUUCGACAAUGGAUUCUUCAUCUAAUUUUCAAUCUCACCUGACAAAUGAGGGAAUUGACACUAGGUAUGAGUUGGAAUUAUCACAUAGUGCUAUUGAGGGUGGUGCUCAAAACAGUAGUAAGUUGGUGGUCCCUGAUAACAGAGAAUCUACUUCACAACAUAGCAUUGACAAUGGCUUAAAAUCACCUCCAAGCUCUAGGCAAAGCACAGAUGGAGAAGCAGAAUUGGUUGAGCAAUUUGAGCCUGGUGUAUACAUUACUUUCAUACAACUAAAGAACGACAUUAAAAUGUUCAAACGGGUCCGAUUCAGCAAGAGAAGGUUUGCCGAGCAGCAGGCAGAAGACUGGUGGAACAAAAACAAAGAAAGGGUAUUCAAGAAAUACAGUUAUCCAGGGCAGGCCACUGCCACAUUAUCCACGAGUGCACCAAACGAGGAGGAAGAUGCAACACCAUCCUCCUAGACUUAGCUGUUCUCGUUGAUGGUAAGGAGCAACAGUGAAAAGAGACAAAAGGCACGAACUGGCAGUGCAAGCUUCAUGGCUUAUGGAAGACUUCCUAUUUAGUUGGCAAUAUUCUACUGCUAAUCGAGGGCCAGAGCUUGUCAAGGGAUAGAGAUGGCAAUCUAGACAAGAAGGUUUGUUUAGUCAUAUUUUUCCACCAUUGUUCUUUGUAACAGAGCUUCUAUUCGUGGGUUGUAUCAUUGUAUAGGUUCGUUCAACUUAUCAUCCAAAAGUUGUAUUAUAUGCAUCACAAAAAUGUAAUAUACCAUAUUCUCCCCCUUAGGGCAGCGAAUGAUGACAUGAAUGUGCACAGAACGUCAGAGAUUAUUUGAUUA